AUGAUCCAUCCAUCACGAGACUUGGUUGCGAGGCGGUUGUCCGGAACGUUACAUUCGCUAGUUCCUGUGAACACCGUACACACCCCCACUUCCACCAUCUUCAAGAACACUGCCAGCAGCACUCUAUCUCCCCCAUCAAACGACUUGAAUAACAACAUCUGUCAAAACUCAAACUUGCCCCCCACCAACGGUCAACAGAACAAAGGUGGUUCAUGCUCAACCACGAUCCAAGGUCAAAUUCCUAAUGUCCAAAACAUGGUUUCCACCCUUAUCAUCAGUCCUCAAAAUGGUCAGACCAUUCCAGCCAAUCAAGCUUUCAAUGUGACCACAAUGACUCAAAAUCUGGACCUUGGCUUCUUCGAUAAUCCGGAUACCCAAUACUAUUUAUUCCCUCAAUCAUUGAACGCCCAAGGACAAAUAUUUGGUCAUCAGCACGUUACCAUUCAACAGCUCAACGGGAAUGCACCACCAAAUCCACAGACCUUCGCUUUCUUCAAGGGAUUAAAUGAUCCAUCCAACAGCGGAGUAUUAUCUGUUGCCGUUGCCAGUUCGACUGGUGCAGGUUUGCCCGCGGGUAAUUACAGAAUUUGCACAAUGACCGGUACUUUUAGUCAUCAACCCGUGAUCAUGCCCGUCGCCCAGCGUGGUGCUCAAGAUGAUUGCAUUCGCAUUAACGUCCAGUAA